CACAUUUCCCGGACGACAACCAAUGAAGACGGAACAGCCCAAAAAACAACAAUGGCCGGCGGAUUGUCCGAGACUGAAAUAGCUCAACUUCGCAAUCGGUUUAAAAGAGACGCGGAGUUACUUUUACAGCCAGCAUCGGGAGAGGAGGAGAAGAGUAAAGAGAAAGCAGACUCUAAACCACUCCCACGCUUCAAUCGGCACUCCGUCUUCUGGAUUUUGGCUUCCAUCGGUUUGACCUACUACCUUGAUUUUUUUACAGUCAUCCUGGAAAGCGGAGAUAUUAAAAGUUGGUGGUUUAACGUGGGCCUGGUGCUGCUGGGUGUGUGUCUGUGCCUUGCUUCGUUCUGCAUCGUGUAUCUGGAAUGGUUCAAAGGAAUUCAGCAUUAUGAUCAGGAAUACCCUGCCAUUCCACCAAUCACCACCGCUGCGUUCAUCGCUGCCUCCUUCAGUUUUAACAUUGCCCUGUGGCCCGUGUGGUCCUUCUUCACCCCCGUGAUUCUCUUCACACAGUUUAUGGGAGUCGUGAUGGUAAUCUCACUCCUUGGAUAAAGGCAAGAAGAACGAUCACAUUUCCAAUAUUGUGUUUUUGCAGACAGUUUCACUUCCGUUGCGACGUCUUUGUGUGUGUGUGUGUGUGUGUGUGCAUAUCAGAUGAUUCUGUCAUUGUGCGGUUUGAACCAGACAGGCUUUCCAUGUCCAGAGAGAUUGUGAUGCUGAUCCUACUCCAGCAAUGUUUUCUCUUUUAAUAUUACAUUAUACUGAAUUUUUUUAUGUUUCUGUUUGGAUGUAACUUAUUUUCUAUGUGCAUGUUCUCAUUAAUAUCUCAGUGUAACAGAAUGACGCAAAUGAAUUUACUGAAUUUUUCUAAUUAAAAAUCUAUUUCAAUCA